GACUAAGUUCCAAGCCCUCUACAAGAGCCCUUGUCACAAAUUCAGCCAUAAGCGGAUACCGCGAAGCACAAAUCUGGACAAAACACCAAGAAAGGUUGCAACAAGUGGUGCCAUAGGGUUAUGGACCCACUAGCUUAUCUCAACAUACAGGCUACUCCUCCCUAGAGACACUGGCAAGAUAGCUGAGCGAUCCAGGAAGCACAAGUUCAUUGUUAUGGAGACGCGUUGAUGGUAAUUUAUAUGUAUCAUUGAAUUGCUGAGCAGUCAAUAUUGAUUUCGUCUUACCGGAUGAAACUUCUCCUCGUUCUCCUUGCCGUUGAACUUGGUGGCCAUUUCCGGGUUGAGCCCGAACAACGGCUAAAAGACUCGGCGACCUCUUUCAUGCCACCUGCCAUUGGCGUUGUCAUUGGCUCGGGGAAAAGGGAAAAUAAACCCUAAGAAAUAUACCAGUUCCCUUCUAUAUAACCUUCUGAAAUGGCAUCCAGAUUCAGGGUCGCCUCAUAUUGGUGGAUAUUCCAUUUCAUAGCACUAGCAGUCGCAGUGCCGAAAGUCACAGUGAUUCCUCUCCCGCAUAACUGUGCAUCAUUUCCUAGCUACGACAACACCACUGGAAUUGCCUCUCCUCUCAAAAUUGUUGCAGACUCACCUGGAAAGGAAAGUGAUGGAAGAACGUUCGUCCCUAAGUACGCGACGGCGAUAGGGGGUGGAUCAUGGGGAUUCAUCACAAUCCCACUAGACGCCGCUGCAGAUAAUACAAGAGUUCCCAUGCGAUGUAGUAACAACUCGUUACAGGCGCAACUAAAUACUGGUAUCAAUGGCUCCAAAUGGCAGACGCUAGUUGCUGCCGGGACACCCGCUGAAUCUGUCUUUGGGUUUGGACUACCAAAUCUGCCGGACCCAAAUUACGAACUCGAGCCCUACGUACACGAGAUCGAGGGUGUAAGGCAGUCUGGGGUUUAUAUCGGUGCUGUCAAUGUCACAACAUGGGGGUUCAACUACCAAAACAAUUCCGAAACCGGCGAAUACUAUUUCUUGAGGCUCCUCGGACCUAAUAGCCAUAAUCUGGCUACUGGAGAACAAUUGAAUGAGGGUGAAUUUACAGGGUAUAUUAAAGUCGAGGACUUAUAUAACUUGGAGAUUUCAGGUGACGAUUGAGUACAGCUCAGUUGAAGGAAAUCCAAAGGGUUUAUGUGAUAAAUGCAGUCAUGGGAUGCUGUGUGAAAAUCGCUGUUACACGAAGGAUUUGAGGUCUUUGUGACCAUCCUAUGCCUAUAUAUAGCAAGUCUCUUUGCCUGUAACCCAUGUUCGUGAUAGGUUAUUGAGCAGGAACUCAGUCCUGGCCCGUAUGGAGAUGUAACAGAGGGGAGAAACUUUUCUCAAACUUAUAGGGCAAUGCGCUUGUGUAUCAAGCACGGAAUGUAUACUGAAGCUAGCUGUGUAAGUACGAUCCCGUCCCCGAGAACUACAACAACAACAACAAUCUGCAUUUACGCCCUACACUUCCCGUAGCAUACAAACAUGCAGUUGUGUGCGAUGGAUACAUGACAACAAACUGUAGAUUAUGUGACGUCUUGUGAUCUGCGGGCAAAUCUCGAAAAUAGCAGGUGCAAUUGUCGAUAGGGUAUUUUCUCGUUCCCAAGAACUGUUAC